UAUGUGUGUGUGUGUGUGUGUGUGUGUGUGUGUGUGUGAGCACAUAUAUGUUUGAACUUUGGUCAUGCUAUUUGCUCUCUGUUUGGAAAGAAUUUCUUGGAUUUUCUCUGGAAAUCUUCUUCUUUCUGAUGAUGUAGCUAUGAAUUUGCUCUGCUGCAGUCCAUUUUGUCCUUGCUCUUCACCAAAAGGGGAAGGUGGGACUGCACAUAAUCUUUCAGCCAAAGGGCUAAAUUCAAAUGAGUCAGGUAGCUCUAAAUUAAGCACUAGUUCUGAUGCACCAUUGCGGAUAGCUCCAAGUCCACCACGCUUCUCACUGUCUCCUAAACCAUCAGUGAUUGGAACUAUUCAACUCAGCAUCAAUGACAUUAGAGAAAUUACUCAGAACUUUUCGUCUUCGUGUAAGAUUGGAGAAGGAGGUGUUGGUAGUGUUUACAGGGCUAAGUUGGCUGAUGGUAGGAUAGUUGCUAUUAAGCGAGCAAAGAAGGAAAACUUUGCAGCUUUAAAAGCUGAAUUUAGUAAUGAAGUUGCACUGCUCACAAAAAUCGAGCACAGGAGCCUUGUGAGGUUACUUGGGUACCAUGAUCAAGAAAAUGAGUACUUAAUUUUUACUGAAUAUGUUCCUAAUGGUACACUCAGGGAACAUCUAGAUGGUCGACGUGGGAAGAUUUUGAACUUCAGUCAACGUCUAGAAAUCGCCAUUGAUGUCGCACAUGCCCUAACUUAUCUCCACCUAUAUGCAGAAAAAACCAUAAUUCAUCGAGACGUGAAGUCAUCAAACAUUCUGCUGACAGAGAACCUCAGAGCGAAGGUCGCCGAUUUUGGUUUUGCUAAAAGUGGUUCUACUCAACCUGAUAAGACACAUAUCUCCACAAAAGUCAAAGGAACAGCGGGAUACCUCGAUCCAGAGUACUUGAAAACAUAUAAACUCACGCCCAAGAGCGAUGUCUACUCCUUCGGUAUAAUGCUAAUAGAACUUAUCUCUGUACGUCGACCGGUAGAAGUGAAGAAACCUCCUAAUGAGAGAAUCACGGUCCGAUGGGCAUUUGACAAGCACAGCAAAGGAAAUGACAGAGAUAUAUUGGAUCCUGCACUGAAUGAUGAAAUUAUAGAUGACGAGGUGCUACAAAAGUUACUCGGCCUGGCAUUUCAAUGUGCUGCACCUACACGGGCAGAUCGUCCGGAUAUGAAAGAAGCUGUUGAACAGCUCUGGGACAUUCGGAAGGACUACCGGAGAAAAAGCCACAGGACGGUACCGUAGAUUCUUAGAUUGAUCAACUCCACAAGCAAAAAAAAAGAGAACUGAAAUUAAAACAUGAUGUUCCUCUCAAGCAGGAUUUAAAGAUUGUUAGCAGGACAUUGUAGAUUGGGGAGAAACUUAAUGUUGUGAUUUUUAUUGUAUAGUUUGUGCUUCAUGUGUUUGUCAGGGUGCUUGUAAAAUUUGCAUGAAUUGAACCAAUUUGAAGGUACAAAAUAUGUGCUAUUGUAGCAUCCUGGAAAUAAAUCAAUAAUAUUGAUUGGCUUUAAAAAAA